UGCAAGUCAGUUGCCGAAUGGCUGAGUAAAACGAGAUUGUGUAGGGAUGGCAGAUCCCAAAUCGAGUACGCAUCGUCUGCUGUUUAAGAAGUUUUUAGACAGGUUUUGUUCAGAAGUUGAUACCCCAGCGUGCGAUGAAGAUAAUCUGCCAUUAAAGCUGUAUUCGCCAAGCAUUUUGCCGUGUGAAGUGGAAGGAGAAUGUCUGAACUGGGUGUUGCAGUAUUUGUCUUGCCAUGAUUGCCCCCAGCUUCUUGCUCCCCAUGUGGCUCGAUCUGUGUACGUGCACGUAUCAAAGACAGACUUGUCCAAGUUCUCAAUACCCGAGGAUGACGACACUGAUGACACUGAAGACGAGGAUAGAGAUGCAAAAAACAAUGACGCUCAACAAAUGUCCAAUUCAGAAAAACCCAAACCGCAGAUACCUCAACUUGAUACCGGUCUCCUUCUGAAGGAAGUCCUGAUGGCAGUGCAUGAUAUUUGUAAACAAUGGCAGCAGGCAUUGCCACAUCUCCACGUGUCUCCGCGAGUGUUCGAGACGAGCACUCACGCCAUCAAGAACACGCGGCGGAAGAUGGAAGAUAUACACAUUGUCAUUCCUGAUCUCAACUCACUUUACAACCUCAAGGUGAGUUCUUUGGAAGAUGUACACAUUGUCAUUCCCGAUCUCAACUCACUUUACAACCUCAAGGAAGAGCCCGCUCAGUCUUUCUAUGCAGUGUUUGAUGGUCACGGUGGCGUGAAUGCCGCAGUUUAUUCAUCAUGUCAUCUUCAUACUAACAUGAUACGGGACCCAAACUUCACUGAUGAUGCCUCUAGAGCCACCAGGCGAGCCUAUGCCGUGACAGACGAACGAUUUACGGACAGAGCCAGGAAAGGGAACCUGCGGAGCGGUACCACCUGUAUUGCUGUGUUGAUAAGAGGCAGCACCCUGCAUGUGUCUUGGCUGGGCGACUCGCAGGCCAUCCUCGUCAAGAAUGGAAACGUCAUCAGCAUAAUGGAGCCUCAUAAACCAGAGAGAGAGGAUGAAAGAACAAGGAUCGAAGCGUUGGGUGGUUAUGUGAUAUUCUUUGGAGCAUGGAGAGUUAAUGGAAACAUUGCUGUCUCCAGAGCUAUUGGUGAUAUUUCCCAGAAGCCGUUUGUGUGCAGUGAUGCAGAUGUGGUCAGUUUUGACCUGGAUGGGGAUGAGGACUACAUGGUUCUGGCGUGUGACGGCGUGUGGGACGUCCUGCAGGCUAUCGACAUCCCAGACAUCGUCUACACCCACGUCAAAGAGCACGGCAGCAAAACAGGGGUUGCCAGGGCGAUCGUCAACCAGUCCAAGGACAGUGGGUCCAACGACAACAUUUCCGUCAUAGUUGUUUUUUUCCGUGACGAUAUUGCUGAACCUCAGGGAAGCCCAUUAGUAAGAUCUUUGUCUGAAAAUGGCACAAAUAAUUACAAGGUGUUCGACUUCGGUGAUGGUAAAAAGCCAGGUGAUGGUUCUAGUAACAGCACGGACGGUACCGGUCUGAAUAAUGGAACAGGAAAUGAUUCCGUUUCAACUCAUGGCAAAAAAAGUAAAGAAGAUUUGCCGUGUGUUCAGGAAAGUCUCAGAACCACCUCUGAGAAUGUCUGUAGCCAUGGCGACAGAAGGAAUACAUUGUUAACCAGCAUAAACAAGGCAGCAUCACAGAAAUCAUCGAGUUUGUCUAGUCAGGUGUGGGGAUUGGCGGUUUCCUCAUACGAUCACAACAAUAACGGGUCAUUCACGGGUAAGAAGAAAUGGACAAGUAAAUUUCGAAAAAACAGAAGUGGUAGACGGAAAAAUGUCAAAUUGCCAAAGAUCAGAAGACUGAACCUGCCAAAGGACCUGGAUCACGGCAGCUUCUCACAUCCCACCCACACUGUUUUAAAUCACAGACUCAAUCUGGCAGCUAAAAAUAGCCACCCGUCGGCGGUGUUCCGACAUUCUUGUGCUAUCAGUGAAAAUACGGCAGCUGUCCUGACAAACAUUCUGAAUGAGAAUGUGAAGAAAUCUGCGGUGUCCUCUGUGACUGAUGUGUGUAGUCUUCCACACCUCAGUGGAAGUAAUGUUAAAGUUCAUAGCAUAAAAAAAUGAAUCUAGUUACUCUGAAAAGAGAAAGUAAAUUACGGUGGAAUUAUAAAAUGUCCAUUGACAACUAUUUGGUAAGCAUUUACAAUACCAGAAAAAAUGGGUAGAUUUGGACGAAUAAGUGUAUUUAAAAAAAAAAAACAUAUUCCAUGUAAAGUGACCUCAGUAUAUGUUAAAUGUUUUCACAUAGUGGUACUAUUAUUUUGAGUGGAAAUGUAACGGCUUAUAUGUAGGCUUCAAGUUAAAUUGUAUUCAAAGAAUCAAUUAUUUUCAAACAAAAAUAUAUUUUUGAACUGGUUUGGAGGAAUCUGUUUGAAAUCACAUUUAGUGUGAAUACUGGUAAUCCAACGCUGUUUUCAUUACAUUAAUCCAGAUUCUAAGUAUACAGACAAUGAUUGUACAUUUGUACCCGGUGCAUUUUUUGCUAACAUAUAUUAAUGCAUUCACAUAUGAAACCAACAUCGAUGUGUCUUCUGUAACCUUCGACAUACACUGAUGGAAAGUAAUGAGGGAACUAGGGCUUGUAGAAUUUUUAUAAAAUCCACUAGUCAUGGGAUCAGUGAUUUUAAAGAUUUACUAGCCACAAUUAAAAAUUC